AUGCAUGAAGAAGAAACCAAGUCGAAGACUGAAGCAGAUGCCAAUGAGCACCACUUGGAGACGGCGGUGACGUCAGCCAGGCCGACGGUGACGUCUGCCGUGCUGCUAGCUGGGGAGGCCGGGAAGGAGAAGCUGACGCGCACACGGCACGAAGCCAUCCAGGAAGGGUGGGGUCGAGAUGUUGCCCGAGACAAGAGAGCGCGCAGUGCGGUACGGACAACUAGGGCGGAGAGCCGGUUGGCUGAGGAGAGGGCACGUGUCCCAACGGAAGCUGGGGAGUCGCAUGCUGUGACAGAGAACAUGAAAAUGAAGGAUCCGGUGGGCGUCGAGUCCUGCCCCGAGUCGGGGGCGAGUUGCGCUGCUUCCGUCACCGAGCCGGCUGCAGAGAACCCCCAACCCGCUCAACUGGACUACAUGGAGCUACCUCAGCUUCUCUGCCUCAAGGACCGGACGGGGAUUGUCCUGGGCGACAUGCUCGGGGGAGGUUCUUUUGGGACGGUCUACGAAGCUUCGCUGAAAGGCAGUCAGUGGCCUGCAUGGCUUCUGGAAUUGGAUCUGGUUGUUAAAGUCGUUCGAGACAAUGCUUCCGGAAACGGAGGCGGGGGAGUCAGUCGGGGACGUGUUUUUGAUGAGUUUGUUCUGGGUUCGGUUCGUCAUCCGUCCCUCGUUAGCUGUCUCGGAUUCACACAAUCGUCUCCGUUUUGGGCGCUUUUCGAGCGGUGUGAUUGCGGCUCCUUGUGGAAAGCUUUGAAGGGGAGCCGAAGAUCCGAGGCGAAAGCCCGUCUCCUCGAGGAGAGGGUGCCGUUAGACCAGCCGUGA